AUGUUUGGUUCUUCCGGUUUCGGCGCUUUCGGCCAGCAGAACAACCAGCAGCAGCAGCCACAGCAAUCCGCUGGCGGCCUCUUCGUCCAAGCGCAGCAGCCCAACACACCCGCUCAGACCGGAUUUGGUACGACUGGAGGUUUCGGCUCAACAGGUGGCUUUGGUGCGGCCCAGCCAGCAGCACAGACUGGCGGAGGUCUUUUUGGACAACAAAACCAGACUCAAACCCCUUCCUUUGGCGGCUUCGGCGCUUCCACCAACAACGCAUCCACCGCCGGCGCCUUUGGUGCACGCCCAGCUGGUACGACUGGCUUUGGUGGCUUCGGCACUCCUGCUUCCACCACGGGCAGUAGCUCUUUCACUUUUGGCUCCACACCCGCUCAACAACCACCACAGCAACCAGCAGCUGGCGGCUUUGGCACUUCCACUUUCGCCUCGGCAGCUCCGGCAACGGGCGGUCUCUUUGGUCAGCAACAACAGCAGCAGCAGCAGCAGCCUGCCGCAAGCGGCUUUGGUUCCACUGCUGGUGCCUUCGGUCAGCCUGCUUCUGGCCCAACUCCCGGUCAAAUCACACAGGGUACUGCUACUGUACCUUACGACCCUUUGCGCGAAGACUUGACGCCCACCGAACACCUUAAAGAUCGUAAGAACUGGGAUGUGCAGCAGUCGAUCACCGUUAUGCCCGCGUACAGCCAGUACAGCAUCGAAGAACUCCGUCUCAUGGAUUACCAGCAGGGUCGUUCCAAGGGCAACACCGGCCCAGGCGCUACUGGCGCUCCUUCCACCGGCUUUGGCUUCGGCGCGACCAACAACAACAACACCACCGGCGCCUUCGGUCAACCUCAACAGUCUGCCACCGGCUUUGGUGCCACUCAGACCAACACCACUGGCGGUCUUUUCGGCCAGCCCCAGCAGCAGUCUGGUGGCCUUUUCGGUCAACAGAACCACCAGCAGCAGUCCGGUGGUCUCUUUGGUGCCAAGCCUGCUACCACUGGUUUCGGUGCUUCCACCACAGGCGGCGGUCUCUUCGGCCAGCAGCAGAAUCAGCCUCAGACUGGAGGACUCUUCGGUCAGCAACAACAGCAACAGCCAGCCUCCUCCUUCUCCUUCAGCUCUCAGCCUCCGCAGCCUGCCGCCAGCACCGGCUUCACUUUUGGCGCAAACAACAACAAUCAGCAACAACAAAACAAGCCUGCAUUCGGCUUCGGCGCUUCCACCACUCAACCUGGUCAGGCUGGCACCACUGGCUUUGGCUUCGGUGCCAAUAACAAUCAACAGCCAGGACAGACCGGCACAGGCUUUGGCGCAAGCACCACGGCCACUACAGGCGGCUUUUCCUUUGGUCAGAAGCCAGCGACUGGCGGCCUCUUUGGCGCUGCUACCAGCCAGCCUGGACAGACUGGAGGCUCUACCAGCACCUUCGGCGGCUUCGGUGCUGCUUCCAACACAGCAACCCAAAACAAGCCUUCCUUUGGUUUUGGUGCAGGUGGAGGGUUCGGUGGUACUUCGGGAACGGGUACCGGCACCACUGCUGCUCCUGCUACUGGCGGGUUGUUCGGCGGUGCUAACACGACACAGCCCAGCGGCGGUCUUUUUGGCAACAACAAUACUGCUGGAGGGGCUACUGGCACAGCAGGCGGAUUCAGCUUUGGUGCGAACAACAACCAGCAGGGUAACCAGCAGCCCGGUCAGACUGGUACCACCGGUGGAUUCGGCGGCGGUCUCUUUGGAGCAAAGCCCGUAGGCCAGACAGGUACACAGCCAGCUACCGCCGGACUCUUUGGCAACACAGGUGCGCAGACAGGCCAGACAGCCGGCACUGCUUUCGGCACAGGUACCUCGACAGGCGGAGGAUUGUUUGGCAACACUGCUAACAAGCCCGCAACUGGUGGCUUCUCCUUUGGCGGAGGCGCCGGCUCUUCACUUUUUGGUAACAACAAUCAGCAGAACAAUCAGCAGCAGGGCGCUGGUGGCCUAGGUAACGGCUUUGGCCAGACACAGAACAACACGACCGGCAGUGGACUGUUCGGUCAAUCCAAUCAAACCUCGACUGGCACUACCGGUGGCGGACUGUUUGGCGGUGCCAGCAACACGGGCGGCUCGUCCCUCUUUGGCAACUCCGGUACCUCGAACACAGGCGGUGGUCUGUUCGGCGGCUCCACGCAGAACUCGAGCGGUGGUGGUCUCUUUGGCGGCAACAAUCAACAGGCCUCUGGUGGUUUUUUCGGUGGAUUGCAACAGAACAACCAGCAGAACAAUCAGCUGCAAAACCAGCAGCAGCCCACCGUGCAGGCUUCGCUCGACUUGAACCCUUACGGCACCGACAGUCUGUUCGCUUCCAACCCGGUCAACGGUGCUGCAGGCUCAGCCGCCAACGGUGCUUUGCUUCCCUUCAAUGUUGCACCCAAGAACAAGCCUCCUCUCACCACACCUUUCCGCUCCAGCCCGCGUGGUGCCAACAAGAUCAACCGUCUUCGCGGAUCUACUCCUGGUACUUCCGGUCUGGGCAACUCCAGCUUCGUUCGCGAGGGUACACCUAGCUCGUUCCGCCAAGGUACGCCCGGCGCUCAUGCUCGCUUCGGCACUCCAGGACGUGCUGGCUCGCCUGCUUUGUUCAAGGGCUUGAGCGACGAAUACAGCCAGCCCCUCUCUUCCCAGGCCUUCGUGUCGCGGCCUUCCGCCAAGCGUCUUGUGCUCGACGAUGCCGGAGAGAACAGCUUCACUGCUUCUCGCAUUGGCCGCAGUGGCAGCGUUCCACACUUUGAAAGCGGUAGCAGCCCUGCUUCCGGCUCCCUUGGUGCUUCGGCUUUCCGCAGCGGAACCGUCCAGCCUGGAUCUGCAUCGCGUGUCACCUUCAGCCCUGCCCUUGAGCAGCGCGCUGAAUCUGUCCGUCCUGGUGGAGGAGACCUCUCCUUCGCUUCGUCUCUUCCUUCACGUCGUGGCAACUUCUUCGGCGGUGCCUCAUCCAGCGUCGUCGAGGAGACUCCGCUCAAGACGGUCUCUGCUGCUGCUGCCAAGGCUGGUGCGCCUCGCCAGGGUCGUGACCUCGAAUCCUCUUUCGCCGCUCCCAGCACCACCAGUGCCAGUGCUUCCACCAACCCCACCAGCGCCGCUUCGAGCAAGGCGGGUGAAUACUACACCGAGCCUUCGCUCUCCGCUCUCCGCACUGCCAACUACAACGAGCUUGCCGCCGUCCACAACUUUAUUGUCGGACGCAAGGGUGUUGGUCAGAUCGAGUUCCUCGAGCCUGUCGACCUUACAUCGAUUGGCGACCUGAACGACAUUGUCGGUGGCAUCGUCCAGAUCCGCCUUAAGGAAGUUGUCGUCUAUCCUGAGGAGGAUGACUAUGACCCGCGCAACCCUAAGGAUGGCGCCAAGCGCAAUUUUGUGCCUGGCAUUAAGGCCAAGCAGGGCACCGGUCUCAAUGUGCCUGCCCGUGUCAGUCUGGAAGCGUGCUGGCCCACCGACCGCGCCACUCGCGAGCCCAUCAAGGAUGCCGAACAUCCUCGUGUCAAGCAGAUGAUCAACAAGCUCAAGAACAAGCCCGAGACCGAGUUUGUCGACUUCGAACCGGAGUCUGGUACAUGGACUUUCAAGGUAAAGCACUUCAGCCGCUAUGGUCUUGAUGACUCGGACGAGGAUGAAGAAGCUGCUUCCAAGCCGGCGCCCAAAGGAAGUAGUGGUAUCAACGCCAAGCGACCCGCCAGCAAGCGUCUUGCUCCCAUGACGGCAGACGACGAGUCUGACCAAGACGGGUCCAUCGACGGGCCAGUCUACCACGAGCAAGGCUUCAGCGAGGGGGAUGAUGACGACGAUGCGCCGCCUCCAUCGCGGACGCUAGAAGACGGCGAGAUGGACACAGAUGACGAUGCCAGCCAGACUGCUGCUAUUGCAGCUGCUAAGCAGCGUGAACGACGUCAGUGGACCCCUUCUUCCAACGCCACUGGUCGCGAGCGUGCUGGCAGCCCCACGCCCUCCCGAGCCAUAUUGACGAUGGGCAAUGCCGGCGAGGCGCGCCGUGUGCAGGUGAUGCAGGCGAGUUUUUUUGGGCAGGACGACAGUAAAGUAGCUUCCGCUGCUGUCGUUCCUUCCAGACCAACGGGAGCCAGUUUGAGUCACAAGAAGACGCUCAACCUUCGACCCUCUGUCGCAUCGCCAGUCAAGCCGAUCAAGGCUGUGCCUGCUACGGACAAGGAGGACCGCAAGGCUGGGAUCAAGCCACGGGAGGCGCCAGUGGUGCAAGAGGUUCAGCAGCCGGCGAAGAAGCUGCGCAAGGUAGAUGUGGCACAGUCUGAUGCAGUUGCUGCUGAUGGCGAGACGCUUGAUGCAGGCUUGUCGCUUGGACGCAGCUUUCGGGUUGGAUGGGGGCCAGACGGUGCUUUGGUGCACAAUGGGAAGAUCGUGGGCAGUUUCCGAGACGUCGCGACUGCGUCUGCAAAGACAGAAGGCGACGCCAUCAGCUUGGCCACUACCUCGACUCUGGUUGUCGAGAAGGUCAAACUGUUCAAGGAUGCUGAAACGUCCAAGGAGGAGGCUGCGCGAGCGGAGAAGUUGCUCGGUGUUCAACUUGAACACACCCUCGUCGACGUCGAUGACGAUGGUAUCCCAGCCGCCUACACCGACUUCUCGACGCGCUUUCGACACUUCGCCACCUCAUUCGAACACAAGGACCGCAGCUUCGAGGCGAGUCUGUGGCGCUUAGGUGUUGCGCUCUUUGACGAGAUUGAACUACAUGUACCUGAAGGUGCACCAGCAACAACAGCCGACCGCAUUCGCAACAUGCGCAGGAAAGCGGCACUGUCCGAGUGGCUCCGUCACACAGUCGCAGGCACGGUCGAGACCGAGGCUCGAUCGCACAUCGCCGCCUCACGGAGCGCUGCUCUGCUGUUCAGCUACCUCAGUGGACAUCAGGUGGAGCGGGCUGUCAAUGCCGCACUCGAUGCAGGCGAUUUGCGCCUCGCGACGCUGAUUUCACAGGCAGGUGGCGAUGAGGAGGUGCGUGCCGACAUCAGCGAACAGCUGCUCACGUGGCGCAAGGAAGGUGUUGAUGCCCACAUCACGCGCGAUCACCGCAAGAUCUACGAAUUGCUCUCAGGCAACGUGCUGGUCUCGCAAGGUACUGACUCGCGCACCACCAAGGAUCCCAUCGACCAGGUGCCUGAUCUGGCUAUCUGCGAAGGCCUUGACUGGAAGCGCGCUUUCGGUCUUUUCCUCUGGUACGAAUCGCCGUAUGAGGCUCCCCUCGAACACUCGUUUGAGCGCUACGAGGCUCAAGUGGCACCCAGUCCCUCCAAAAGCACAGGUAUCGCUCCCCCUUUGCCUUUGUACCGCGAGAGCUCGAGUCUUGGAGCUACACGUUUCCGUCAGCUGCUGCAAAAAGUCGGUGGUUAUGAUCGGGACGCGCUGUUCGAAUUGCUGAAGUUGUAUGUCGACCCGACGUACGGACUCGAGCCGGCACUGAAUGCUUGUGCAUUCGGACCCUCAAACGUGGACGCUCGACUGCCAUGGCAUCUGUACAACCUUCUUUCACGCGUACUCCAGCGACGAGACUUUGGCGAUCGCAUUGAGCUUGGUCUCAACUCGGAGGAUGAUGACAUGCAGGACGACGCUGACGGAGAAAACGCUGCGACGAAGCCCAAGGUGCAAGGCAACUCCGCUCGUGCCGACACGCUAGCUUCUUCCUACGCCACUCAACUCGAGCUACUAGGUCUAUGGAAGUGGUCUGCUUUUAUCCUCCUCCACCUCGAGCUGAGCAAAAGUCGCGAAACAGCCGUCAAAGCACUUCUCGCACGCAACGUGGACAAACUCGACACCGAGCGCGACUUCCUAUGCGACCGACUUCGAAUCCCAGAGUCGUGGCUGUACGAGGCUAAGUCUUACGAAGCCCGCGCCCGCGAUGAUAGGUACGUCGAAUACCAGCUUCUCCUCAAAGCAAAGAACUGGACCGCUGCACACAAUAUUGCUGCACUGCAUCUGGCCCCCGAAGCGAUCAUUCGAGGUGAUCACGAGCUUGUCUCUGUCCUCUUCUCACCCUUCUACCUCGAAGUCGAGGGUGAUCCAGCAGACGAGAUUGCAGGAUGGGCAGAUGGUGCAGCACUCUACAUCGACUACGUUGCUGCUUCGCGUGAAGUUCCUGCUCUUGCAACCCUGUUGGCAGAGGCUGAGACGAGACAAGGUGCGAUGGAAAGAGCUGAACGUUUUGCCUCUCGUCUACCCACCCUCGCUGCUGGUGUAAACGCGUUGCUUUCCGUUCCUGCAUCCUCCACUGCAUCGUGCUUUGCAGCUGACGCCAAAGAGAAAGCAGGAGAGAGAACACACAUGGUCGCAAGAACCGAGAUGAUUGCUGGAAUCACGAACCUAGCUCGCAUCUUGAUCAAUCUGACCACUUCUCCCACCGCAAAGGUUGACCCGGGGUCGAAGGCGAAGUUGGAGGCGAUUUCGGCUAGAUUGUUGUCUUCGGCUGCCAUCUCGGGUGGUGGUAGUUCAGAGGGAGGAAAGAGAGGUGGAGAGGGGAGUGGAUGGGAUCCAGCUGCAUUGGAGGUGGAUUCGGUUCAGGCCGCUGCUGACGAUUACUUGGCGAGUUUGGUUGCUAUUGCUUAA